GAAGAUUAGUAAUCCACAAGGUUAACAUUGUACACUUGCCGUAAAGCUUUGUAAAACGUAGAAGCAUCUGAUCAGCAUCAGAACAUCAGAAGUGAAAACACUAGCAGGAGGAUCAGUGGUAAUCAGAUACAGAGAGCGAUUGAUGUGACUAUUGGCGGCAAAAUUUUGAGUAUAAAUUAACGGCAUGGUAAAUUACGUAUAAAAACGUAAUAAUAUAAAAAACGUGUGCUGAUAGCCUGUAAUCUGUAACUGUAACCUGUUUUAUGAAUUCGGCUGUGUUUAUUGUGCAAAAAUUAUUCUUCAGUAUGCUUCAUAAAAGUCCACGACCAUUAGUAUUGUGUGGUCCAUCAGGAUCUGGGAAGAGUACACUCAUUAAAAAAUUGUUUGAUGAAUUUCCUGAUAAAUUUGGUUUUUCAGUUUCACAUACAACCAGACAACCAAGACCCGGUGAAGAAGAUGGAAAGCAUUAUCAUUUUAUUAGUAAAACUAAAAUGGAAGAUGAUGUAAGGAAAGGUGAAUUUAUUGAAACCGCAGUGUUUAGUAACAAUUUAUAUGGCACGAGCAAAAAAGCUGUUGAAACAGUUAUUAACAGCGGAAAAAUAUGCGUUUUGGAUAUUGAAAUGCAAGGUGUUAAACAAAUAAAAAACACUUCUCUUAAUCCUUUGCUUAUUUUCAUCAAACCACCCUCUGUCGAAGAAUUGGAGCGACGAUUGAGAGCUAGAAAAACAGAGACAGAAGAAUCACUACAACGUCGGUUAAAUACUUCUAUUGAAGAAAUUAAAUUUGGUGAUGAACCAGGUAAUUUUCACCGAGUAAUCGUCAAUGAUGAUGUUGAAAAAGCUUAUCGUGAAUUACGCGAAUUUAUUUUGCAAGAGUUAAAGUAAUUCAAUGCGACUGGUGAUAAAUUUUUUUUUAUUUGAUAUUUAUUUUCCGCUUUUUAUAUAAGAAUAAAUUUACUAUUUAAUUUA